ACAAGGCAGUGGAAAGUAACAACAACAACAUCAACACAUUUGUGUUGUGUUCUUGGUCUUGUCGUCGCAUCUGCUUCACUGAACCGAAUUUUACAUUUAUAUUCUACUUCGUCUGUUAUUACUGUCCUUGUGAUUGAUAUUGACCUAAUUACUUCAAACGCGGUCGGUAAUCACUUCACUUUAUAACCAUGGCGAUGCUCCAGCAACGACGUCAGAAUGUCCGUCUGCCUCCUGAAGUUAAUAGGGUUCUGUACAUUCGCAACCUGCCUUACAAAAUCACUGCAGAGGAAAUGUAUGAUAUAUUUGGGAAGUAUGGAGCUAUUAGACAAAUAAGAGUAGGAAAUACACCUGAAACCAAGGGAACAGCAUUUGUUGUCUAUGAAGAUAUAUUUGAUGCCAAAAAUGCUUGUGAUCAUCUUUCUGGUUUCAACGUCUGCAACCGUUACCUAGUCGUCUUAUAUUAUCAGGCCAACAAGGCGUUUAAGAGAGUAGAUGUUGAUAAGAAGAAGGAAGAAAUCGAGAAAAUGAAAACUAAAUUUGGGCUGAACGAUGAGAAGAAAUAAAUUUGUUUAGGCUUCUAUUUAUCUUAUCGUUUGACUUUCUCUUCAUUCAUUAAAUUGAGCAGUACCAACCAGACAAUGCAAUCUAUUUCCAGUGGAAUUCCCCUUUGUGGAUGUGGGUAGUAUGUACCUGAAGAAGUUGUGUGUGCAUUAUCAUGUGAAGAAAUUUAAUAUGAUAAAGAUUUUUGAUGAAGAAACAUCUGCUACCCUUUCCUGGAUUGUCUAGUUUAAAGAAGCUGAGUUGUAAAUAUUAUUUGAAAUAGGAAAUAUGAUAAACAUUGUUACAAACUCCAUUUCAUUUCCUCUCUGGAAAGAUGAUGUAGUAAAAGCAUUACAAAAGUGUGUCCUCAUUGAAAUAUUGCUUCAGCAAAUUUGUAAGAUCUCAAGACUCCAAUUUCCAUGUUGUUUUGGCUAGCGUAAGUGAAUAUCUAUCUAAUAAAAUAUCUUUUUACACUAUUAA